AUGACCACACAGCAGAUAGUCUUGACCCGUUCGGAGACCAAAGGUUCUCCCAUGCGAAUGACGGAACUAGUCAAGGUCCUCUCAACACUCAAAGGAGAUCUUGCAAACAUAACGGCUCCUCCCUCAUUUCUCGCGCCGUCCUCAGUGGUCGAGAAUCCUCGGUGCUGGGCUGAGCGACCCGCCGUCUUCGCUGCCCCGGCACUUGAAUCAAGUCCCCAAAAGCGCAGUCUCCUGGUCCUCCGCAUGUUCCUUAUUGGUCUCCGUAAUCAAUACUACAUCGCGGGAGGGCCAAACGUCAGCAUCAAAAAGCCUCUCAAUGCCUUUCUCGGAGAGCUCUUCUUUGCGAGAUACACCGACAAGUCUGGAGUCGCAUCGGCAGAAGUGGCAGCAGAGCAAGUCAGCCAUCACCCGCCCAUCACGGCGAUCCACGUCGCCAGCCGUGAACAUGGCAUUCGUGCCGAGGGCUACUCUCGUGUGGAAAUGACGUUUUCUGGAAGCCUCAACGUUCGUCAGACGGGCCACGCGGUUCUUCACAUUGAUAAAUACGACGAAGACCAUCUUCUGCCGCUGCCCACAGCCCAGGUGCGCGGGUUUCUUUCCACGUGCUUGUACCCCGAGCUGUGGGGGACGUACAAGAUUGUAUCCAGCAGCGGCUACAUCUCCGAGAUCACAUUCUCAGGCGCUGGAUUUCUACGUGGGAAGAAGAAUUAUUUCGAAGCGCGCGUUUUUCACAAAGAUGAUGGCCGCGACAAGCCGCUGUACGUAGCCUCUGGGAGUUGGUCCAAAGGAUGGGAGGUCAAAGACGGCGCGACGGGCAAGAUCAUUGAAGAAUACGACGUCGAAGCCAAAGAGAAUGAUCCAGAGCCGAUGCAGAUUGCAGAUGUCAAAGAUCAAGACCCGUGGGAGUCGCGGAGAGCUUGGAACGAUGUGAUUCAGGGAGUACGUGAGAGUGAUUGGAUGAGGGUUUCUCGAGCAAAGCACAUAGUUGAGGAAGGACAGCGCCAGAUGAGACGAGACGAGAAAACGAAUGGGGUGUCUUGGCAGCCGUUUCUUUUUGAGAGUAUUCCGGGUGAGGAGCAUUCGGUCUUUCACCGCUUGACGGAGGGGAUAAACUGGCAUCUGUCGGCCUCUGAAACGAAAGGAGUCUGGAGGUUGAAAGAUGGUGCACUGGAUGGCCUCCAAACUCCAUUCAGAGGUGCUUUGACGCCUAUUGGAUAG